AUGGCGGUCGAUGUCAGACAAGAUAUAUCAAAUGUAGACCGCCUGCACAAAGAGCUGGCAGAUGAGGUGGCAGGACUCCCGGGGGCGCUACAGUCCUUCACUCCUGAGAUUCUGGUGGACUACCUGGCAGCGACCUUCAAAGAAUGCGAUAGUGAAGCAAGAUCCUGUGCACCCGCGGAGGAGGAGAAGUGGAGCACCCUGGAGGCCAUGAUGAGGGAGGGCCCAUCAUGCAGCAGGGCCCAGGAGGAGGCAGCAGCCAUGGAUGCAGCUGCUGAGCGGAUACAGGCCACAAUAAAGGAGACAGAGCGGACGUCUGUGACGAGAGUGGAGGAGAUGGGGCUGCCAGAGGGGGUGGAGGAUGAGAAGGGGCUGAUGCUGGUGCGGUGCAAAACAUGCGCGCACGUGCUGCUGGCGGGAAGCUGCGCAGCACAUGAGGAGAAGUGUCGCUCGGCGCCAGCUCCCCUGCGCCCGGCCGGCUCCCCGGCCCCAUCCUCCACCACCGCCUCCGGCAAGCCGGCGCCGGCACGACGGAAAAAGGCCGCAAGCAUGCCCAAGAGCAAGCUGGGCCCGGGCAAGAAGCAGGCUGCGGCCGAGGCCGGCAAGCCGCUGCCCUGCAGCAUGGCCUCGCGCCAGGCCCCCCAGCUGAUGAGGCCGCCCCUGUACCCCGGCCCUGCCAAGGGACUGGCGCCGCUGGUGGGCCAGCAGCAGCUGCUGCCACCCCAGCACAUGGCUCCCCGCUUCUCCCCAGAGGCCAGAAAUCGCCCAGGCAGCACUUCCGGAAUGGGAGCUCCGCAGCCCGGCAGCAGCAAGCGGCCAGUGCAGGGGCCUACUGCGAACGGAGGGGCGCCCAGCAGCCAGCAGAUGUGGGCCUUGCUGCAGAUCCCCAACAAUUUCCUCGGCGGUGGCUUGGACGACCUUGGCCUGAGCCUGGACUGGUUGGACCCGGGAGGGGCUAUGCCGCCUGCCCUUGCAGCCAGUUCAGUCCAGCCCACCGCCAGGAUGGCACCCGCCAAGCCAGCACAGGCCAAGGGGGUUGGCCAUGCCCCCACGCGGACUACCAAUGCUCACGGCCCCUUCCUUCCCCACCCCCGGCGCCCGCGCUCUGCUCUCCCCAAAAGGCGUCUGGCGCGGAUGGUGACGCUGCCGCACGUCAGCGCAGAGGAGCCUGGCAGGACCAUCCCCAUGCCCACUCCCCAGAAGCACAGGCAGAGGCCCGCGGGCAAUGCACCUAUGGCCACCCAGCACUACCAGCUUCCCAGCAGCAAUGGGUCCCUGGCCGCCCCCCAGCAGACAACCUCCCAGCAGCAGCAGCAGCAGCUGGCCUGGCAAAUGGCCCAGAGGGCCCAGCAGCAGCCUUCCCACCUCCAGGCGCAGCGGCAGUCGGCGCUCCGGCAAUCCGCGCUGCGACAGCCGUCCGGCCUGCCGCAGGCGAGCUGGCAGCAGCAGCAUCCACAGCAGCAGCAGCUUCCACAGCAGCAGCAGCAGCAGGGGCGCACCCUUGUGUCACAGGGCACAGUUGUGAAUGGAACGCAACAGGUGCCGGGCCAGCAGCAGCGCUCCAUAGUCCAGCAGUGGGCCAGCAACGGCAUGCAGGCGAUCCCGCCUGGCGCAUACCUGAUCCCCCAGCAAGUGCAGGGCGGAGGGGUCAGCUCAGGCUACCUGGUGCAGCCGCAGGCGCAGAACUCAAGCGCUGCCCAGCAGGGGUACUCCCAGCCGCCCAGCGGCCAGCACAUGCCGGGCGGCUACCAGCACAUGCAGCAGAUGCAGCGGCAGCGGCAGUACAUGCCGCAGGCGGGCCGCAUGGUGCCCGUGCAUGACGGGCAGCAGCGGAUCGCGCAGAACGGGCAGCCGUCCCUGCUCAAUGGGCCGCGCGUGUCCAUGCAGCGCAUGGUCCCGGACUUUGUUCCCAUCGCGCCGAUAGGCUGCGCGGACGGCGGCAGCCAGCGCCUGCCUGAAUCUGCAAAUCCCCUAAAGCGCAGCUACACGGGAGACUUUGCUGCCCAGCUGCCGCCUGCCAAGAAGGUGGCCUCCCUGCAGCAGCUGCAUCAUGCCCUGCCCGUGCUGCGCCGCCCUGAGGACUUCAAGCCCUUCUGA